UGCAUGUCGUCCGCAUGAUGGCUGCCCAGUCCCUACAUUAGAUACGUGUGGGACACGUUUUGUGGGCUUUGGUUGGAAAGGGUCGAGAUAAAACACACACGGCGUACCCUGCUGACAACUGGUCUGCUGGUACUAGUGUGGGGAGCGUGUGUUUCACGUGUUGCUUCUCAACACGCAGCAAAACGUCGUCCGGACCGAAUUUGCCUCUGGAAACGGGAGUUUGAACUUUUUCCAUUUUUUUUUGACUGCAUGUGCUUGAGAGUCUGACGCUGCAUCUCUUCAAUGGCUGCCUCGGGCUCUUCCUCCACCUCUGUGCCUGAGGGUUUCCACUACGAGACCAAGUACAUCGUCCUCAACUACCUGGGACUCCUGCCCCCCUCCCGGCUGCAGGCCACCGCUGGCGGAGGAGAUGGCCAUUAUGCUGUGGACAGAGAGAGGAACAGAGUAAUGAAGGCACAGAUAGAGGAAGAGCUGAAGCAACUGGAAGAUGAGGUCUCAGACUCCUUCUCCAGUACAGGCUUCGACUGCCAUACGUCUCCAGUGUUUAGCCCAGCCAACCCAGAGAGCUCCAUCGAGGACUGCCUGGCUGUUCUGGGUGACCGGGUGGCCAGAGACCUGGACACACACCUGGCCUCUACUGUACACACACUCCUCAGUGCCCCGCUGGACUACGAGCAUUUCAGAGAAGCAGCACAAGACAUCUCCUGCCACACGCAGAGUGGCUGGAGCAAGGUGCUGGUGCCAUUGGUGCUGCUGCAGGCCCUCCAGGGAGAAGGACAGAUCCUGGCCCACCUGCUACCUCUGGGGGUCCGUUUCCUGGAGGAGGCUGAGGCAGACUACAUCAUCCAGCAGGGAGGAUGGGGUACAUUGUUUAGCCUGGAGGAAGAGGAGGAGCAGGGCGUGAUCAUAGCCGAGGACAGCAACGACAUCUACAUCCUGUCUGGAGAACAGCUUCCUGGCCAGCUCAGUCCCCCCGCGUCGCUGCUAGGCACCGGAGACAGCAGUGGGCCGGGCAGCUGGCAGACAGAGAGCUUACCCGUGUCUCUGGCAGGCAACGAUUCCUGGGCACAGGUGAGCAUGAUGGACCACCCUGAAGAUGUCAAGAGUCUGGACAGCAACGAGGGCACCCUGGCUGAGGAGCGCAGUGAGAACAACUCCUCCAACUCUGACAUUGUGCACGUGGAGCGAGAGGACGCAGAGGAGGGUGAGGGCGGGGCCGAGUUGCAGGAGAGCAUGCUGAGUGUGCUGGGGACGGAGAGCGAGCUGGCUGAGCUGAGGGCGGAGUUUAGGGAUGAUACCCCGCUUCCUGGCCCAGCAGCCCCAGAGCCGGUGGUGGUAUAUCUGGAGGAGCCGGUCAUCAUAGAGACGCCUGCUCCCCUGUCGGCGGUUCUGUCAGAGCUGCAUUCGUCUGUCCCCGUGUCAGAGCCCGAGCCCUCUGCUGCAGGCCCUAUAAUUGAGCCUGCGCCUGCCCCUGUUGUGGAGGCAGCACCACCAUCCCCCGCCAAGGCACCCUCUACUCCGCCAUCAGCAAAGCCAGUUCUAGAACCAGAGCCUGUUCCAGAGCCAGUCGCAGCACCGCCAGAGUCAGAGGAGCCCCAGCCUGAAUCUCAGUCAGAGACUGUGCUGGAGCCGGCUGCAGCGCCCCUCCUGGAGGCACUCCCAGCCGAGGAGCCCCCGGUGCAGACGGAACCAGAACCCAAGUCAGAGAUCCCAGUGCUGCUGUAUGGUGGAGCUGCUCUGGUGGCCCUAGCUGCUGUGGUGACCUGGGGAGUCAUGACCCACCGGAAGAAGUAGCCUAGCAGUGCUCCUGAACCGGGUUGCAGACCUCACCUCCUCCCUGGUCCCUGCUGCUAGCAGUGCUCCUGAACCGGGUUCCAGACCUCACCUCCUCCCUGGUCCCUGCUGCUAAUCUGGGCUGCUGGGCCUGCCACUACUAGGUGGACACACCAUGUGAACAAUUACUUAUUUUCCUUCUUUCCAUUUUUGUUUUCCCCCAUUCUCCUCUGCUCAUCUGGCAAUUUGAUAUGUUUUUCUUCAGUUGCUGCCUCCAACCCAUCACGUCUCAAACUGGAAAGGACAUUUGUAUAAUUUUCUAGCGGUUUCUAUGUUUUCCGGGUGCUUGGUUGUUCGAUGCCAUGCGGAUGCACGUCACAGACACACCCUGUUUGUAUGUUACUCUCUCGGCUGGAGCUCGGGGUACCUCUUUGUCCUCAGAGCCUAGUGGGUGUAGCGCAGAAGUCCGAAUUCCCUGUUCUAUUGCAGGGAAAAGGGAAGCUAUUCCAAUAUUUUCACAUACAAAAAUGUAAGUUCUGAUUACAUUAUGUCCUCUGAAAAGCAAACCUGUCUUCAAGGAUUAGAUGAGCAUGUUUGUUUUUUAUGGCAAUUAACUAAUCAUGAUUAGACUUUUGAUUUGUUUUUAGAAUUCACUGUACUGGAGACACUACUGUGUAUCUAUAAAAGCACUUGAUAGGCACUUGAUAGGGAUUAAUAAUAUCGCACUUAAAUGGAAAGUAGAUACACAUGACCAAAAGUAUGUGGACACAUGCUUGUCGAACAUCUCAUUCCAAAAUCAAGGGCAUUAAUAUGGUGUUGGUCCCCUCUUUGCUGCUAUAACAGCCUCUACUCUUCUGGGAAGGCUUUCCACUAGAUGUUGGAACAUUGCUGCAAGGAUAUGCUUCCAUUCAGACGAUUAGGCCUGGCUCGCAGUCAGCGUUCCAAUACAUCCCAAAGGUGUUCGAUGGGAUUGAGUUCAGGGCUCUGUGCAAGCCAGUCAAGUUUUUCCACACUGAUCUCGACAAACCAUUUCUGUUUGGACCUUGCUUUGUGCACGGGGGCAUUGUCAUGCUGAGACAGGAAAGGGCCUUCCUGAAACUGUUGCCACAAAGUUGGAAACACAGAAUCGUCUAGAAUGUCAUUGUAUGCUGUAGCAUUAAGAUUUCCCUUCACUGGAACUAAGGGGCCUAGCCCAAACCAUGAAAUACAGCCCCAGAUCAUUAUUCCUUUUCCACCUAACUUUACAUUUGGCACUAUGCAUUGGGGCAGGUAGUGUUCUCCUGCCAUCAACCAAACACAGAUUUGUCUGUCGGGACUGCCAGAUGAUGAACCGUGAUUCAUCACUCAUGUCCAAUGGCAGCGAGCUUUACACCACUCCAGCCAACGCUUAGCAUUGCAACGGAUGUGCCCAAAUCCACUCAUUUGAAGGGGUGUCCACAUGGUGUAUGUUUAUCUACUUCUUUCCAGUCACUUACAUCACCUAAGUGUUAUUUUGUUAAGUUUUUGGAAAUUGAGGGAUUCCACUUUAAGAUGUGAAUAGGAUUCCAUAACUCAAUUCAUUUUUCACUAACUAAUUUCAGUCAUUUAGUAAACAGACUCCUGUGUCUCAUAGUUACGAUUUGUGAUCAUAUUGCAGUAGUAUGACUGCAAUUAAAUUGAUUUUGAAUGUAAAAGAGGAUAAAGACUACCGGCAGGUUCACAGCCAGUAGCAUAAACUGGUGCGUUUGAUUACCAACUAUCUCCUUGAAAAUAGGCAUUUAGAUUAUCUGGUAUAGAACUGUCAAUGGUCACUAUCAACCGUGUGUGUGAAAUUAAAGCCAGCUCAACCAUGAUGGCACCAUGGUCAAUAAUGUUCCAUGUACCAUGUUCUGUGACAGGGAAUGGAGGGUUCAGAAUGACUGCACCAAGACAGAAUUUCAUAUUCAUUUGUUCAACACUUAAAUAUAAAACUUGAAAUCAACUAGUCAUCUGAUGUUGUGAGAUUAUAAAAUCAAAAGUAGAAAUUAGUUUAAUCUUGAAUAAAUUUAUGCUCUCAUUCCCAACUCCCCCAGUCUAACUUCACAGGGACUGCCUUUCUUCAGCUACCCUGCCAGACCCCUAUGUUUUGCCAGGUACCGUUUGUUGUCCCCUCGGCUGGCCCAAACUGCCCACCCAGCACUGCCUUGCCAUUCCGCUGUAACCCCAUAGCGUGCCUACCUUGUACAGUACAGAGACUUACAAAGCUUAACAGCUGCGCGUGCUGGCUUCUUCCCACUGCUACCUAACCUUUUCUUGAAGGGUUCAGCUCCCUCCAUUUUCUCAAGUCAGAGUGGAGGUCUGUCCACAACUUGAAGAGUAGGAAUGACACAUGCCAGCCCUGCCACAGACAAUCAACAUAUGCAACAUUCCCACUAAGGGAAACAUAUCUUCCUGUUAGUUGGGUACAAUGUUUAAUCUAAAAAUAAAAUCUACACUGUAGGCCUCAGGUGUCAAGAGUACAAAAAAAUAACACUUUUUACUGGGCACUCAGGUCUGGAGCAUGAAAUGCGAACACUUGAUCCAAGUUAAAGUAGUGGUUCCAGCUUUGUGUUCACUGGUCAGUGGAUUCCCACAGCUAACUUGGUCAAUGUCAAAACUAAAGAUGCACACAACUCACUUCUGUUUAGCCAAGUGUAAAUACAACCAUGUGUGGUUUGGGGUAGUUGUGUGGGAGAGACAAAUGACCAUAAAUGGUUUUGUUCCAUCGAAUGCAAAUGUACGUCAGUUAGAUAAUAGGUAUGCAAAUUGUCUGAAAUGUACCUGGAAAGUACAGUAUGGAUGUCAAAUCCCCAUCUUGGCACAUCACCAAGUUCCCUAUAUGUGCAGUUUGAGACCAGAAUACAUCAUGUAAACUGCAUUGUUGUGGUUUUGGACACAUGAACAAGUUAAUAAAAUGUUUCUCCCUUAAAUCA